AUGUUCAAACUUAUCGUAUUAGCCGUUUUAUUUACAAUGGGUUAUUCACAAUUGACCGGUGGUUAUACAAACCGUCCAGAUUUAAUUCAUAGUACAUUGGCCGCACAAUUUGUUAAAUUAGCAAAAAGCAAAAUUGAAGGUGAAAAUAAUCUAUAUUUAGUUAAUGACAAAGUCACCCAUGUAGAAACACAAGUGGUUGCUGGUAUUAAUUAUAAAAUUACUUUCACAGCUGAUUCAUUACUAACAUCAAGUUCCGUUAUAUGUACCGCUGUUGUCUAUCAAAAUUUCUCCGGUGCACAAAAACUAACAAGUACAGAAUGUAUUUAA